AAACAACAUUUCGAAUUUGAUUUUGAAACUUGUUGAUACAUGUUCGAGUUAUCAUUAUCUGUAUUAUAUUUGAACCGUCGCGUCGUAUCUCUGAGUACUCAGUGAUUAAGACCACAAACACAAGAAAGCUAAGCAUUUUGAUUAAAACAAAUUAUUAGUGUUCAAUUAACAAUAAACCAGACCCUUGUGCCAAUAACAUUAUCAAGAUGAGUUCGGACGACGAAACUGAACAAGUAUCAUCUGUAAAAGGUAUUCCUGCUACUCUCAUAUGUAUAAAUAUCCACGGCCCUUGUAAAAAGUACUCAGCACAAGUGGCUCAUACAGCUACUUGCAGAUUGAUACGUCAAUACUUGAGAAAUGCCAGGUCUCAACUUGUCGGUGUUUGCGUAUACGGCACUGUAGGAUCCAAUACUUCAGUCCUAGGCAUUCAAACAGUCGAAGAAAUAUUUCCAUUAUCAUCACCGAGUUUAGAUACUUAUAAGAAACUAAGAGAUAUCGAUAUUUCUUCAUUAAAAGAAGCCAAAGAUAUGAUGAUAUCAGAUGUUCUUUGGUACUGUAACAAAUCAUUUGCCAGCUGUAAAAAACAGCUUUCGACUCGCAAUGUAAUAAUGCUGUCGCGGCUUGAUAUUCCACCAGUGGCAACAGAUAUAAAACCAUCACUUAAAAGGGUCGCUGACUUGGUAGAUUCAAAUAUACAAAUAAAUCUUAUUAACAUUUCUAAAUCUGAUUAUGAGGCAGAUCCUUAUUAUACAAACUUUUUAAAACAAGCCACUAAUGAGGAUGAAGUGGAUAUCCCUAAACCCAUUUCAAAUCACUCAGAAGUAGAACAGUUGAUGUACUUGGAGUCACAUCGCAAUUUAGCCAUCGCUCGAUUAAGUUUUGAAAUUGGAGAAGACUUUGCUAUUGGGGUGGGAGUAUACAAUUUAUUGAAGAGUUAUACACAAAUGAAAAAAUCUGAUUUGGAUAGUGAUACCAAUGCUGUACUGACAAGUGUAAAUAAAACCAUGAAAGUCAAAGCUGCAAAUAUAGAUGAGGACAUGGAUGUUGAUGAACAAGAUAGAACUGAAUCAAGACCAGUACCAGUACUUCAGUCAGAAUUGCUUUAUAGCCUUCGGUAUGGUGAUGAAAAUGUAGAAUUUACUGCUGAAGAAAAAAAGAUGCUUGGAAAUCCUUUUGGACCACCUACAUUAAAACUUCUUGGAUUCAAACCUGCCAGUGUUAUGAAAAAAGAGAAAUGGUACCUAAAAUCAAGUUACUUUCUGUUUCCUAAUGAAAGUAUAAUUGAAGGUUCUGUUGUUGCAUUUAAAGCCCUACACCAAGCUUGCAUGGAAAUGAAUACAGUAGCAAUAUGUGUGUUGUGCACUAGGGUUAAUGCCAGACCUUUUAUUGUAGCUUUGUCUCCCACCUCAAGACCUUUUGGUCUAAAUGUGGAUUUAGGAUUUGAUGUCAUUUGCAUACCCUUUAUGGAAAAUGUACGAAAUAUUCCAAUUGUUGAAGAUGAUGAUGAUGAAAAACUAUCAAAAACAGAUAAAGAUAUCAUGAAGGAUAUUAUGAACCAAUUAAAAUUCGAUUAUAAACCAGAUAUGUUCCAAAAUCCGAAAACACAAUCACUAUAUAAUGCCUUAGAAGCAAUUGCUCUGGAAGAUGAAGAUGUAGAGCCCUUUAUUGAUACGACAAAACCAGAUGAAAAGAGGUUUGAAGGACUCCAAGAAGAUUUAUUUCAUGAAGUGUUUGGUCCUUUUACAAUCACCUCUGGACUUCUUAACAAAAAACCUGCAUCAUCAAGAGAUGGGCCAGAAAGCAAAAGGGCAAAACUUUCUGUUGGUUUUGAUGAAGAAUUACUAAAGGAAAGACUUGAAAAUAAUGCAAUAGAAAAUUACACAGUUGCUCAAUUGAAAGAAAUUCUGAGAUAUAAAGAAAUUCCUCACUUACCUGCUUUGACAGGGUUGCGAAAAGUGGAACUUGUUGAUCUAGUUUAUAAAUAUUGUUAAAAUUAAGUGUUGUAGUAGUGAUUCUAAUUUUAUAUUUGUAUUUUUGUAAUUUCAUUUAUUUAAGUACAUUGUUAAAGUGCAUUUCGUUUACAUUAAAGAAACUGUUACAAUGCAUCAUCAUAAUUUAUAAAAAACUAAUAAAAAUAUUUAACUAUGUA